AAUGGAGCAUUUAUUCAGUAGUCGACUACGUACAUUCGAACUUACAAAGUAAAAUGAAAAAUAACAACGCAUCGCUUUAAAAAUGGCAAAAUACACCACCACCCUGAUUGCAAUCACAAUUUGGAUGACGAUUUUAAGCAGUUCGCUGCAGAUUUACGUACCAGAUGAAGAAAUAGAUCAGAAACCUGUAACGUACACUUCAGGAAUAAAAACCUCGUCGUACCAAAGACCACAUCAACUCAACGUAAACCACAAUUACAGUAACGUAUACCACCACAACUCCAACAGCUACACUCCGAGCUUCUCGGGCGACGACCGAACGUCGCAACAACGUCUUUACCCCGUUUACAACGCUCACACGUACGGCUCGCGUCCAAACGCCAAACUUACGCAAGUAUACGUCUUGAACGGAAGCCGAAUCGGCCAAAAUUCCAACCCCACACGCCAAAUCGUCAUCUACAACAAACAAAAACGUACUCCGAAAGUGCAAGUGUACAGAGCAUGCCCGAAAAAUGCCACAGGUCAAUUUGUUUAUGAGUCCUCGUGCAAUCAGUUCCUCAAUUGCUGGAAAGGUCGAGGUUAUGUGCAAAACUGCGCUCCAGGUUCACUCUUCAACCCGAAGACCUUGGAGUGUGAUUUUCCCGACAAGGUGUCCUGCAUUAGCGGCCCAAGAGAAUCUAUUCUUGAAAAUGGUAGAAAAUCACGAAACUUGGAACAAAUCGGGUGUCCGAAAGAUUUUUCGGGACUAAUUCCGAACUACACUGAUUGCUCGAAGUUCAUAAACUGUGUGAGUGGAAUUGAGAAUUUCAUGGAUUGUCCCCCAGGGACGUUGUUCGAUAUUAACAAAAACAUCUGCGAUUUUGCACACAAAGCGACGUGUUUCAACGGGGAAAAUCAGAAACUGAUUGAGCGAAAUAUAGAUGGGAAGCUCGAUUUUACACCUAGUAGGGAAACGCAACGUGGUCAGGAAAGGCAACAACUGCGGUAUCGACAUAACGAAGUGCGGUGUCCCUAUGGUGCGGAAGGACUUUACAAGCAUCCAACAGAUUGUUCUAGGUACCUCAAUUGUGCAAACGGGGAGACUUAUGUACAGAGUUGCGCCCCAGGUACUCUUUUUAAUCCUGAGUUAAAAAUCUGCGAUUUUCCUUACAACGUGGUUUGUCGGAAUGGCACGGAAGGGGGUAUUAGUGUUGUUGACUAUGACGCGGGGUACUACCAACGCAAUAGAUCGUCUGGGUACUACGGAAAUUCGAAUACGUAUGGUCGUCAUGACACUACUCCAUACAGCGGAGGUUACCAUGUGGGUCAACCAAGACCGUAUAGUACUUCCAGUAACGGCUACGGCGGUACCCAGAAAGGUUCGGUUUAUGGAAGCGGAUCAUCGAUUUAUGACGAAAAUGGCCCUAGUUACGGUAGUUCUGGAUACGGACAAACGCAAUAUAGUAAAACACCUCACACUUAUGGAUCAGGGUACGGUGUUUCCGGAAACCAGUAUGGAAGUAGUCAUACAGGAUCUGGUACUUAUGGGUUAGGCUCGUAUGGGGAUAGUUCCACUAACAGAUACAUAAACAACGAACAGAAUAGACAAUUUACUGGUUCUGGAUAUCCUUCCGGUUCUGGGUAUAUGUCAGGUUCUGGGUAUACGUCCGGUUCUGGGUAUUACGACAAUAAUUCAAAUCGACGGGUGGAAGAUCAGUAUCAAGUUUAUGGCAACUCUGGAAACCAGUAUGGUAAUAGUCAAGGAUCCACACAACACAACUCACAACCAUAUGGUUCUGAUACCUAUAGACCGAGUCAACACGCAACUGGACAACAAACACACUACGGAAGUAGUAAUUUAUACACCGAUACACAAAAUGGGGGUACUCAACAAAGGUACAACAAAGGAUCAACUAGUGGUCAGUACCCAGGAUCCUACCCUAGUGCUUCCUACGACAACCAAAAUCGUGACGGUUGGAGACAAGACCCAUACCAAGGUAAUCACCAAAACAGUGGGUUUUACAUCACCAGACCUACCAACUGGAACCAAAACCAAAACAGUAGAGUCGACACUAGCCACGAUCCUAACUGGAAUAGCAACCAAAACACCAGAGUUGAUGGCAAUUACGAUCAAAAUUACCUAGGAGCUACAACGCUGCCCUACGAUAGCUCCAAUAUAUACUCCCAACGUCCCUUGGAGUCCGGGCAAAGGACAAAUCUCGCCGGGUCAUACGCUACUUACCCAAAGAGCUACAACAACAAUCAAGGAAGUUAUUCCAACAGUGAUCGCAAUUCGUACCAAGGUACCAACGACCAUAAUAGAGAUCGAACGUUUACCAACUACAAUCACGGUAAUGAUCUAGGGGAAGGUAGCUUGUAUGGACAGUCGUCAACACAAAACCGAAGAAAUGAAUUCCAACAGGGUCAAAGAGGUGAAACUGGAUAUGGUAGAUGGUACGGUCAAAACGGAUACAGAGACGGCCCCACCCAUCAACAAGGGCAUCAAGAUAGCUGGCAGUCACAACCAUCAAACAACCUAGAUGAAGAAGGAAUCACUUCUAAUUACGACCAAGUAGUGAACAUAAAUCAAAGGAAAACCACUCGCGUUCCUUUCAGAAACUCCUACGAACCCUUUUUCGGAACAACAAGUGUACGACCAGGCAUUACAACGAGUCGGUCCAAUGACUACGACGAUACUUUUGUGCCAGGUCACAGUCGUAAGUAUAUUCGAUCCACAACUCCCAAAGUUCUGGAAAAGAUCUGGCCACCACCGUUUCCUUCAACGGAUGUUAACGCAGAUUAUGUUUUUGAAUACGAUGAUAACGAAGAAGUAACUUUGGAAGCGGAAAAUACUGUUAAGAACAAUCUCCAAAAAAAUAAUAAUUGUGACAAAAGCGAGUUUGUUUGCGCCAAUGAAAAAUGUAUCUCAAAAACGUUAGUGUGUAACGGUAUUAAAGACUGUCCUAGCGGAAACGACGAACAAAGGUGCCUCGAGUAUGUGUCCAGAUUUUCGAUAAAGAAAAACCAAAAACUUGCUAUACUUGAGAAGGAAAGGUGGGAUAAUGUGAGUAUAGCGGCGUGUGCUUUAAUGUGUGUCGAAACGCAGAAAUUGCGUUGUAAGUCUUUCAAUUACCGAAAAAUUGAUAAUACAUGUUUCCUUACGAAUACCAAUGAAGGUCUAACUGGGGCUCUGAUAUCUUAUUACCCUUUCGAUUAUUACGAACUUAUCAGUGAGAAGAUUAACUGCACUGGUAUGUAUAUAUGUAACAACAAGAAAUGUAUCGAUAGAAAGAAGAUCUGCGAUGGUCACGACGAUUGUGGUGACCGAAUGGAUGAGAAAGGGUGCAAAGCACAAGAUUUUAAUUACAGCAUUCGGCUAACAGGAUCUAGAAACAAAAAUGAAGGUCUGAUCGAAGUUAGUGCUUUCGGUAAAACGGGUUACGUCUGUGAUGACAAAUUUGGCUUGAGAGACGCACAUGUUGUUUGCAAGGAGUUAGGUUUUCAUUUGGGGGCUGUAGAAGUCAAAGGAAAUUCUUUCUUCGCCAAAGAAUUUACACCAGAAAAAACUUUCUACAUGAUGGACGACGUUACAUGUUCUGGAAACGAAACAAAGUUGCUGGAUUGUGAUUUUAGUGGUUGGGGAGUGCACAACUGUUUGGCACAAGAGAUCGCUGGAGUCGUUUGUAAAACACCAACCGAAAAAUGCGCAAGUGACUACUGGCAGUGUGACACGGGAAGAGAUUGCCUCCCUUUAGCUUUUGUCUGCGAUGGGUUGCUCGAUUGUCCGGAUGGUUCAGACGAAGGUACUCAACACUGUGACGCACCUACACAAGUUAGGUUAGUAAAUGGAACCAACCAGCGACAAGGGAGAGUGGAAAUUCGGUAUCAUGGUACUUGGGGUACCAUCUGUGAUGACGAUUUUAACGAAGAUGCAGCGAAAGUUGUUUGUCAACAACUUGGUUUUAAAGGCGCUGCAGUUGUGAAAAAAGACGCUUACUUCGGUGCCGGUGUUGGCCCUAUUUGGCUGGAUCAAGUAUUUUGCGCUGGAAAUGAAACAAGCAUAGAAAAUUGCAGCCACUGGAACUGGGCAGAACACAACUGUGACCACAACGAAGACGUCGGCGUUAUUUGCAGUAACACUUACGAGUAUGUCGAACGACAUUCUCAGGCCCUGCCGGCGCGGAUGCCACAAGACUAUCCGGAAAGGUGUGGAUAUCGCAAAGACAACAUUUUCAACCGAAACGACGACGUCCACUUUCGGGUGGUGAAAGGUUCGGUUGCCAAAUCGGGUGACUACCCUUGGCAAGCUGCCAUCAGAGUCAAGGGCAAAACUAGCACCAGCCACUGGUGUGGCGCUGUAAUAAUUUCCCAAAAAUUCGUUUUAACGGCAGCCCACUGUUUAAUCGGCUAUUCCAAAGGAGCUUAUGUGAUUGUAGCCGGUGAUUACAACGUUGAUGAGCACGAAGGCACGGAACAAGAAGCCCGAAUCGAGGAUUAUUACCUCCACGAAAAUUUCCGACAAGGUCAUAAAAUGAACAACGAUAUAGCCUUAGUUAAACUGAAGGGACGCGGCUUCCAGCUGAACGAUGAUGUUCAAGCGAUUUGUUUGCCGGAUUCAGAUACGAAUUACGACGCUGAAUUAAAUUGUACUAUUUCGGGUUUCGGGUCUAUAGAAAGUGGAAAAUCGGCAUUUUCUCACAAUUUGAGAGCUGGAUGGGUGCCUCUUCAGAAACGGGAAAUCUGUGCUAUGCCACACGUCUAUGGUGAGGCGUUAACAGAGGGAAUGAUUUGUGCCGGGUCUUUGGAUGAAGGAAUAGACUCUUGUGACGGAGACAGUGGAGGACCUCUGGCUUGUCUCGAUACAGGAGUUUUUACUCUCUACGGGAUCACAUCCUGGGGCCAACACUGUGGCUACGCCAAUAAACCUGGAGUUUAUGUCAAAGUGGCACAUUACAAAAAGUGGAUCGACGAUAAUUUUAAAAAGUAUUCUUUUGAUUAAACGUGCUAAACUUUUAAAUAAACAUCAUCACGCAAUAAUGUUAUGUAGAAAGUAAAUAACAUACUUAUAAGAUGGUUUAUUUUUAAUAAAUAUAAUUUGGUCUA